GGUCGGAUUAAAGAUGGCGCCCUCUCAUGCACUGAGAUGCUGUCAACGGGCUUUAUCAUGGAUACCUGUCAUUUUUAUCAACCUGGUGGUUUGCUGGUCCUACUACGCCUACGUGGUGGAGCUCUGUAUAUAUACAAUCCCUAACCCAGAAGAGCAAGUUAUUUAUCUGAUAGUGUUUCACAUCUGCUUCUUCAUGUUCAUCUGGUCCUACUGGACGGCCAUCAUAUCCAAGCCUGCUAUCCCCUCCAAAGAGUAUUGUCUCCCUAAGGUAGAAAAAGAGCUCUAUGAGAAGGAGGAGAGACCAGAGGCCCAGCAGGAAGUCCUGAAGAGAGUGGCCAGAGAGCUGCCCGUAUACACACGCACAGGCUCUGGGGCUAUCCGUUACUGUGACCGCUGCCAGCUUAUUAAACCAGACAGAUGCCAUCACUGCUCCACAUGCGACAAAUGUGUCCUGAAAAUGGAUCACCAUUGUCCGUGGGUUAAUAACUGUAUUGGAUUCUCCAACUAUAAGUUUUUCGUACUCUUCCUGGCGUACUCCAUGCUGUACUGCGUCUACAUCUCCGCCACGGUUCUGCAGUACUUCAUCAAGUUCUGGACACUUUGCAGACGGAGGGCUUUAGAGCAAUGCCCGGAGAAUCAGCUGCCACAAAAUCACGCAAAGUUUCACGUGCUGUUCCUCUUCUUUGUGGCGGCCAUGUUCUUCAUCAGCAUCCUGUCACUCUUCAGCUAUCACCUCUGGCUCGUGGGAAAAAACAGAACCACUAUAGAGGCUUUUAGGGCACCCGUGUUCCGAAACGGCCCAGAUAAAAAUGGGUUUACUCUGGGCUUUCGCAAAAACAUCACCCAGGUGUUCGGAGACCAGAAGAAGUACUGGUGUUUACCGAUUUACAGCAGUUUGGGAGAUGGCGACACUUUCCCCACUCGCCUGGUCAACACUGACUUAGAGCAAGGCAAUGUUGAACAUCAAUCCAUUAAAUGCACCGUUGAUGGACAGACGAACCCCAGACCUCUGAGUGAGUCACAGAAUCAUCUGUUAGGAAACGAUAUAUCUGAAGAGUCCAAAGACGGCAGCCGUGGAAACAUCGAGGUAUGUCAACCUGUUUCUGUUACCAUGGAGAACGAGUCCUAGACAGGGUAAUGGAGUGAUGCGUAUUUAGUUAUCCUCCAAAGGAUACACUUGUUUGAAGACCUCAUGUGAGAGACCACAUGACCCUCAGAUACAAUGGCUUAAGAUUAUCUCAUAUCUCAUUAUCUCAUUAUCUCAUCUUUAUGGAAUUGACCUGCAGCAUUGCCGCUGUGGUGGAUGUAUUUCAACUGCAUGAAUAUCAGCACAGACUUUCAGGUUGUUUGCACCAAAUGAAUGAACUUGAACUCUUUCACCAAUUUUUAUUACAUGGUGAAUAACAGCUCUUGAUGUUUUCUUUCCCAAACUAACAUUCAAAGACAUGAAUUUGUUAUUUGACCAAAUACCCUGAUUUGAUCUUCAGGUUUUGCAUGUCAUAUAGUUAAUUUCUUAUUUAUUGUUAGUUAACUUUAGAAUCUACUAUGUUUUUCUAAGCCAAAUAAGUUAUACAUGGGUACGGUUAUUGGAGGUGUUUUUGCACUUUUGUCACCAAGGAUUUUUGUUGAAUGGUUUUGUCAUUGUUUACAGAACUGAAGUAACACGUAAUGCAGUAUUUGAUCCAAAUGUAUUAAUCCGUAGUAACAGAAUUAUGCUUAGUACACAGCAUUGUCAAUUUGAACUGAUGUUCCGGGAGACUCAAAUAAGAACGUCAGUCAAUUUAAUGAGUCAGAUUAUGGCUAAGAAUGAGUUUUACACUUGCCAAAUUGAAUUCAUUCUCUAGGCCUGGAUAUACAAGUGUUUUAUAGUGUUAAGUGAACCUCGACCUUCUUAUUGUAUGGAACAGUUUAUUAUACACUUUAUACUUCUACCCCUAUAACACUAACGUCUUGUCUUUUAAAGUUAAGUGUCUUUUUUCUGACCUCAUGCACAUCGACAUUUCUGAAGAAAUGGGAUGCUGAAGCACAUUGAAGAUUUCUAGAUUUGGUAGCACACCUACAGAAGAAAAUGAAAUGAGAAGCGAGUGAAUUCAGUUUUAGCUUUAUGUUGUCACCUAUGGAGCAAUAGUUUCAUGUGGAGUUUUAGAGUAAUUUCUUUCUUAUGUGAAGCUUGUUGAAGACUCUUAUUCCACAUGAUUGUGUAUUUUUGUUUGUUGUUCUUAUGAAUGUGGGGGAGUUCGGAGAGGUCUGUUUACAGAUCCACUAAAACUAGUUUAUUUCGGGAGGAUUUUGGCCUCCCAUCUGUUAUAGAAAAUCAUUCCAGAUCUGAAAAAUGCACAUUUCUGUUUUUAUAAAUGAUGAGCAUCACCAUUUCAGGUUUUAUGUUCAUGAAGUCUUUUUAUGUUAUUUUAUAUUGUGUACUUGUUGAGUAGUUAUCUUUAUAAUGAUUUUAUUGCUUAGCAUUGAAUUUUUAUUUCUUGCAUGUCAAUGUGGAAAAUAUUGGAAUAAAUGAUAAUAGGAAAGUGA